GUUCUGAGUACAAGCCGGUGGCUGCAAUAAUUUUUGUUUGCAUUGUAGGCCUAUUUGUUUGUAUGAUUAGAAAUGGAGCAUGUUCCUUUUAAACACAAACGAACGACCCUUGAAAGAGCUGAGAAAUUUAUAUCUACAUUAUAUUUUACUGAUGUUAACCUAAGGGGAAAGUUGUACAAAGAACGAGCGCCGUUGUCAAGUAUAAAACACUUCGCUGCACCUGACAGAGUCAGCUGCAAGCAGGCUAUGACUGGGAACUUUGAGGCGGCGAACAUUGGCCAAUCCUUUGGCCCAGUGUGGAGUACACAUUGGUUUGAAUUACAGGUAAACAUACCUGCUGACUGGAAGGGUCAAGAGAUUCACCUGCUAUGGAACUCUGGCAGUGAAGCCUUAGUUUGGGUCAAUGGUGAACCACAACAGGGACUCAGUGCAGACAAUGACAGAAUCAGCUACAUCAUAUCUCACAAGCUCAAGCCAUCAGAGCUGAAUCACACCAUCUACAUUGAGAUGGCCUGCAACCACCUGUUUGGUAUAGGCAGCCUGGCAUUGGUCAAGCCUGAGGACGACAAGAGGACAUUCACUCUGGCCCAGGCUGAAGUAGCUGUGUUUGACAGAGAUGUGUACAACCUUAUCCUGGAUGUUGAGACUUUGCAUGACAUUGCCGAGGAGCUACCAGAAGAUAACCAGAGGGGAUAUCAAGCUCUGUAUGCUGUCAAUGACAUCAUCAAUCACUUGGAUGUAACAGACAGGAGAACAUUUAGAGGAGCACAAGAUGUGGCACAAAACUUUUUUGACCAGAGGAAUGGACAGAGCCAGCAUACACUGUAUGCCAUGGGACAUGCACACAUUGACACAGCAUGGCUGUGGCCUUACGCUGAAACAAUCAGAAAGUGUGCCAGGUCCUGGUCAUGCACCCUUCGCCUGAUGGAGCGAUACUCUGAUUUUAUCUUCACGUGUUCACAGGCACAGCAAUAUUCAUGGGUAAAAGAGCAUUACCCCAGCAUCUGGAAGGACAUCUGCAAGUUUGUUCAUAAGGGCCAAUUUGUGCCUGUUGGUGGAACUUGGGUGGAGAUGGAUGGCAACAUACCAAGUGGGGAAGCCUGCAUUAGACAGUUCCUGUAUGGACAACAGUUUUUUACCAAAGAGUUUGGAAUUCACUGCAAGGAGUUUUGGCUCCCUGAUACGUUUGGUUAUUCUGCCCAGUUCCCACAAAUUAUGCGACACUGUGGGGUCACAAGGUUUUUGACCCAGAAAUUGAGCUGGAGCCUGGUCAAUAAGUUUCCUCACCACACCUUCUACUGGGAGGGGGUAGACGGGAGCAGCGUCCUGGCUCAUUUUCCCCCAGGUGACAGCUAUAAUAUGCUGGGAAAGGUCCAAGAGAUGCUGAAAACUUCUAGAAAUUUCCGAGACAAAGGGCGCUCUAACCGCUCAGCUUUUCUCUAUGGUUAUGGUGAUGGUGGUCAUGGCCCCAGCGAGGACAUGCUAGGCAGACUGGCUAGACUGAAGGACUGUGAUGGGAUACCCAAAGUGAAACUAACAGGGUCUGAUGAAUUCUUCUCAUCCAUUGAAGCUGAGAGCCCCAAGCUCCUGUGUAAAUGGAGGGGUGAGCUCUAUUUAGAGAUGCACAAUGGCACCUAUACAACCUGGGCCAAGGUAAAAAAGUACAACCGCCAAUGUGAGGUCCUGCUGCAGGAGCUGGAGACCAUCUGUACCACAGCUGCCAUCAGAGAUCCCAGCUUCCACUACCCCAGGACAGAGAUAGACAGGCUCUGGAAGCUUCUCUUACUCAACCAGUUUCAUGAUGUUCUACCUGGCAGCUCUAUAAAUCUGGUAUUUCAAGAUGCUAUUAAACACUAUGAAGAUGUUGAGCAAAAUGCUACAGAACUUAUCAACAAGGCAUUGCAAGUUUGUGUUAAACCACAGGUAGCUACUGAAGUGACAGCCAAGGAGCAGUAUGUCAUCAACACCCUGGGCUUCACCAGGCAUGAAGUCAUACAAGUUCCUGCCUCAUCUCAUGCUAGUCCUGUGGCCAAAAAAAGAAAACUGGCUGAGAAUGUGAUGGGGGCCCAUAGGGAGGAGUGUGAUUUUGUUGAAGUGAGGGUUCCGGCACUGUCAGUGAAGCCUUUAAAAGAAUGUCUGGUGCCAGCACACGAUGACACUGAGAUGAAAGUUUACAGAGAGGAUGACCACUAUGUAAUGACCAAUGGGCUAAUUAAGGCAGUUGUUGACCCCCUCGGCAGAGUAACUUCACUGAAAUGUUUUGACAAGCUGACGCAAAAAUGGUCUAAAGAAGGGGUAGAUCACACUUAUCCAGCCAACCAGUUUCUGAUCUAUGAUGAUGUCCCCUUGUAUUGGGAUGCCUGGGAUGUUAUGGACUACCACUUAGAAACAAGAAAAAUUAUUCAGACUCCAAUUCAAAGAAUUGUUAUUGAAGAGGAGACAAGUAGGUCAAGAGUGGCACUAGUUAUGAGCCUAAAGAUCAGUGACCAGAGUUACUUGAAACAGGAGAUUGUUCUUGAUGCUGGCAGUCCUUGUCUAGUGUUCCACACUGAGGUGAGUUGGUAUGAAGCGCACAAGUUCCUCAAGGUAGAGUUCCCCACAACUGUACAUGCCACAGAGGCCACAUAUGACAUCCAGAGUGGAUUCCUCAAACGACCUAAUCAUUACAACACUUCAUGGGACUCUGCUAGAUUUGAGGUGUGUGGACACAAGUGGGUUGACCUAUCUGAACAUGGGUUUGGUGUCAGUGUGAUAAACAAUUGCAAAUAUGGUCACUCAGUAGUUGAUGGAGUCAUGCGUCUCUCUCUGCUAAGAUCACCCAAAACACCAGACCCCAAGGCUGACAUGGGAGUCCACACAUUCUCUUACGCUCUGAUGCCACAUAUUGGCACAUUCCAGGAAUCUGAUGUCAUCCAGAUAGCUGUGGCCUUCAACUGUCCACUGAGAUUGUUUAGUGGCCCAUCUUCCAAUCAUCUGGAGCCAUUUGUCUCCCAAGGGCUCUUCACAGUUGAUACAAAACAAGUUGUUGUUCAAGCUGUUAAAAUGGCUGAAGAUGGCAGCAAGACAAUCAUACUGAGGUUACACGAAGCCUAUGGAGGCAGCACUACAGUAAAUGUCCAAACACACCUAACACUGAAGGACGUCCAUGCAUGCAAUGGUCUGGAAGAUUCUCUGCACCUGCAUGACACGGACAGGGAAGUGGACAUCAAGCUCCGACAAGAUGAACACGGCUACACGUUUUCUUUUGAUGUCUUGCCUUUUCAAAUAGUCUCACUAAGGUGUAGUCUAUGAGUUAUGUUUUGGAAGAUUUUCUUUCUUUUACAAUCUUGCUUUGUUUUUUAUUUAUUCCCUAACAUUUGUCAUUGAUGUUUUAGUGAUUCAUCAUGAGAUCCAUAUCUAAUUGAGUGAUAUAUUUUACAAUGGCGCUUUUUCUUUUGUUGAAUGUUGAUUAUGUAUGGAAUUGACCAACAGAUAUAAAUUGCUGGCAAUCUAAUUGUUAUCAUUUAAACCUGAGGUUAAUGUACUUGCUAAGUGUUAGUUUUUUCUCCAACAAAUGCUUUACAAAAAAAUGUUUUGAAUU